AUGCAGCCAGCAUUGGCGGUGGAAGCCCUGGGCCCAGCAGUGGGCAGCCCACACUGGGGGCCAGCCCGGGCACAGCUGGGGAGGAGCUCCCAGGACACACUCUCUUGCAGGGUCACGCUUGGUCCCCGCCAGGGCCUCCCAAGGAUCCCACUGAGGGGCAUCUUCCAGGGGGCGAAGGUGGUGCGGGGCCCCGACUGGGAGUGGGGCUCGCAGGAUGGAGGGGAAGGGAAGCCAGGUCGAGUGGUAGACAUUCGUGGCUGGGAUGUGGAGACGGGCCGGAGUGUGGCCAGCGUAACAUGGGCCGAUGGCACCACCAACGUGUACCGCGUGGGUCACAAGGGCAAGGUCGACCUCAAGUGUGUGGGCGAGGCGGCCGGAGGCUUCUACUACAAGGAUCACCUCCCGAGGCUUGGCAAGCCAGCAGAGCUGCAGCGCAGGGUGAGUGCUGAUGGCCAGCCCUUCCAGCCCGGGGACAAGGUUAAGUGUCUGCUGGACACAGACGUCCUGAGGGAGAUGCAGGAAGGCCAUGGCGGGUGGAACCCCAAGAUGGCGGAGUUUAUCGGACAGACGGGCACCGUGCACCGCAUCACAGACCGUGGGGACGUGCGUGUGCAGUUCAGCCAUGAGACCCGCUGGACCUUCCACCCUGGGGCUCUCACCAAGAUCAACUCCUUCUGGGUGGGUGACGUGGUGCGGGUCAUCGACGACCUUGACACAGCGAAGCGGCUGCAGGCCGGGCACGGCGAGUGGACAGACGACAUGGCGCCUGCCCUGGGCCACAUUGGGAAGGUGGUGAAGGUUUUCGGAGACGGGAACCUGCGUGUGGCAGUGGGUGGUCAGCUGUGGACCUUCAGCCCCUCUUGCCUGGUGGCCUAUCGGCCCGAGGAGGAUGCCAACCUGGACGUGGCUGAGCGCGCCAGGAAGAACAAAAGCUCCCUGAGCGUUGCCCUGGACAAGCUUCGAGCCCAGAAGAGUGACCUGGAGCAUCCAGGGAGGCUGGUGGUGGAGGUGGCCCUGGGCAGUGUGGCCCAGGCUCUGGACCUGCUGCGGAGGCACCCUGAGCAGGUGGACACCAAGAACCAGGGCAGGACCGCCCUGCAGGUGGCUGCCUAUCUAGGCCAGGUGGAGCUGCUGCGCCUGCUGCUGCAGGCCCGGGCGGACAUGGACCUCCCAGAUGAGGAGGGCAACACGGCUCUGCACUACGCGGCCCUGGGGAACCAGCCUGAGGCUGCCCGCUUGCUCCUGAGUUCGGGGUGCCAGGCCAGUGCUCUUAAUGGCACCCGGAGCACAGCACUGCACGUGGCCGUGCAGAGGGGCUUCCUGGAGGUGGUGAGGGUCCUGUGUGAACUGGGCUGUGACGUCAACCUGCCAGAUGCCCAUGCGAACACGCCCCUGCACUACGCCAUCUCCGCGGGCCCUGGUGCCAGUGGCAUUGUGGAGGUCCUUACUGAGGUGCCGGGCAUCGACGUCACUGCCACCAACAGCCAAGGCUUCACCUUGCUGCACCAUGCGUCCCUCAAGGGCCACACGCUAGCUGUCAGGAGGAUCCUGGCUUGGGCUCGGCAGCUGGUGGACGCCAAGAAAGAGGACGGCUUCACGGCCCUGCAUCUGGCCGCCCUCAACAACCACCGGGAGGUGGCCCAAACCCUCAUCCAAGAGGGCCGCUGUGAUGUGAAUGUUCGAAACCGAAAGCUCCAGUCCCCGCUGCACCUGGCUGUGCAGCAGGCCCACGUGGGGCUGGUGCCGCUGCUGGUGGACGCCGGCUGCAGCGUGGACGCCGAGGACGAGGAGGGAGACACCGCCCUGCACGUGGCGCUGCAGCGUCAUCAGCAGCUGCCCCUGGUGGUGGAUGGGGCCAGGGGGGACCCAGGGACUUUGCAGCUGCUGUCCAGGGUGAGGAGGCGUGGGUCUGGCUGCAGGCAGGACCUGAGCGCGCACUUCCACUGAGGGUGACCUUUGGGAGCCAGGCCCUCUGGGGGUGGGGCAGCCCCAGGACUGCGGUUUUGCAGGUGUCUCCUGCCCAUUGUCAGUGUGGCCAGCACGCCUGCAAUUCUGUGCUUCUGACCGCCUGGGCCAGGGGUGUGUGUGUGACUGUCUGGGGGGAGGGGGCUCAAGUUCGCCCCCCUAGGUGCUGUUCGGGCUGCCUCCGUUCCAGGGGCCUCAGGCCAAGGGGGUCGCGCCUCUGCCCCGGCCUCGGGCAGGUGGUGCCCGCAGAGGCUCCGUCAGGUCGGCGCUCCCUG